GGGGAAAUGGGAGUAAAUGACUCCUAGAGCAAAUGCACAGGGAACCAAAGACUCAGAAAGCAGAAAAAUAUGCAACAGAACCCACCAUACGAUAAAGUCACGAUUUACACCAAACGGUGACAAAGAAAGAAGGAAAACAUUAAGCUCCAUCAAGCUUCACACCUGAAGUGGAAACUCAACAUUUGAAGGUUUCAUACAGGUUCAUGUGUCCUGGUCCAGGUGUGUUCCAGUGCACUUUGACCGACCUGAUGUUUGUUAUGACUCAGGAGUCAGAGCUGCGGUACAGCAUCAUCCAAUGGGAUGAGAGCAUUCUUCGACCAGCUGGCAAGAUCCCUGCAGGGCCACUGUACAACAUCGAAUGUUCUAGUAAAGCAGCCUGUCAGCUCCAUCUCCCACACUGUGAAAUAAAAGAUGUGUUGUCCAUUGAAGGCCUUCUGUCUGUGGUACACAUUUCCAAUGAUGAUGGACUGAGCAUCGUUGAGUCCCCGAAGAUCACUGACACUCAUGUUAUUGUGAAGGUCUCUGAUCUUUCUCCUUUUGGUCUGGUUUGGGACUACAUAAAGAGGUUCAUGGAGAGAAAAGAUCCAGUGGCAAGCCAUGUCCUGUUGUACCUCGGACCGCUGAACCCUAAAGCACAGAACCAAAAGCUCUAUGUGUUUCUGCUGCCUAGGAACAUCUCAAAACAUGAGGUUAGCAAAGACCAGAAAGACUGUAAGUAUGUCCGGUCCACCUCCAACUGCAAACUCAUCAAAGACCAGAGAUACAUCCUUGCAUGUUCAAGAGCUUCACAGGACUAUAAAAUCCAACCUAAGAGAGCAGAGUUUGACCUACAUUUUGGAGAUCAGUACCACCCAACAUUUGAGAUCCGUCUUCCCAUCAACACAGAGGAAGUGGCAAUAAUACUUAAAGAUGAAACAGAUACGGUGGUCUGGGAGUAUGACGUCGAUCUGACCGAUCAUUCACAAAGUGAUGUCUCUUCAGGUGCCAGAGUGCAGUCAGAGAGCUCCAAUCGGGAGGAAAUCCUCUUGAACAUCCUGGAUGAACUAAGUGAGGAAGAGUUUCACAGGUUUAAAUGGUUCCUGAAGACUGGAUCCGCGAAACAUUGCUUCAAAGUAAAGGAAUUUAUGGCCACUUCAAGAGAGGACGUGGUGGAUCGGAUGGUGCAGCAUUACAGCCUUGAUGAAGCUGUGGAAGUUAUGAAGACAACAUUAAGGAAUAUUGACAGGAAUGAUCUGGUGAAGCGAAUGUAAAACCUUUGAACUGGAAGGAAGCAGCUAUUAGUUUAACAUGCAUUCAUGUUUGUUUGUUUCUGUUGUUUUGAUGGUUUGGUUUAAGCUGUUGUCUGGAAGAGAUUAGUUGACAUUUUACAGCUAACGGCUGAAGUCUUUCAGGUAGCUGAUGGUUCUGACACUGGUGAAAUUUACAUGUCGAUCAUUCACAGAUAAAGUACCAACUUAAACAGCAGCUGAAAGCUAAGCUGUCAUAGGAAGUUGAAAAUGAAAUGUUUUUUUCAAACUGUUUGUGGGUUAAAUGGGUUAUAUGGUUUUCUUAGUACCAGUUUGUUUCCACUGCUGCCAGAACCAAGCCUGGCAACAAAAACUACACCAACUGCACCAAGUCUACAAACCAUUUUCCUUAGGAACUCUAUUUACAAAUUAGACUUGGGAUAUUACGACAUCUCAAUCCAAUCAUGCAGUCAGAUUUAGAACAAAUUCCACACAGACAAAUGCAACCCAAUGCUGGCCCCAGUAGAACCAGAACCAGAUUCAGUAUAAACAACCAACACCAUAAGUGGCUGGGAGCUGAGAGGACAGCAAGCAGACACAGAAGAAAGUGAAUACACUAAUUUGGGUUGUUAGUUAAAUUCCCUGAUCUGUAAAAAUGCAGAACACAACAGAGGGUGAUGCAGGGAUCCAUCAUUUCUAAAGAACCUGUGGCUCCAUAGUGGAAAUUGCUUAAACUGCUUUAUGUGUCAGACAUUCAUUACCUUUGCUCAGGUGACCAGGUAGUUUUAACUCUGUAGAUUUAUUCAUUAAGUAGAAACUUCAAAUCCUAACAAUGGAACAUCUGUUGUGGAUGAGCUAAUCAUGUCCUGGUACUCCUACAUGCAGGUGUGAAUGCAUUCCAAACAUCUUGAGGACGGUUCCCUCAAGACCACCCUCUGCCUUCCUGACACACACUUAAGGUACCACUGCAUGCUAUGUGGAAGCAGCCUAACACACCAGCUGACAGAGCUGAUCUUAUUGGAUACUAAUCAAAACAGCAGCAAUAAAUCUGAUUCUGGAGUGUGGGAUGCAGCCAGGCAUGAAUAGUUGAAGACAGAUCUAAUGUACUGUGCUCUCUCGUUGGAAACUUUAUGAAUUUGGGGAGCACAGCUUUUAAUUCUACAUGAUUAAAGUCUCCAGCUACGAUCACA